AUGCACGGCCGUUUGGGUCGUGGCGAUUUUGGCGAGGUUGUUAGCGUUCGUUCAAAAGAUGAUGGAAAAGCGUAUGCAAUUAAAUGCGCGAUAGAAGUUUAUAGAAAUAUUGCUGAUAGACGUGAAAAACUUCAAGAAGUUCUUAAACAUGAAAUGUUGCCUCCACAUCCAAAUUUGGUUCAUUUCUUCAAAGCAUGGGAAGAGAAGGGACGUUUGUAUAUUCAAACAGAAUUGUGUGCUAGAAGUUUGGAUGAUGUCGCUAGAGAGAGACAUGAGAUUGGUGAACCAGAAAUUUGGUAUUAUCUCAUUGAUAUUCUUAUGGCAUUGGAGCAUAUGCAUUCUCAUGACCUUAUUCAUGUUGAUAUUAAGCCUUCUAAUAUUUUUAUAACGUCUGACGGUAUUUGCAAAUUGGGUGAUUUUGGAUUGGUUUUUGAUCUUAACAAGGACGAUCCAAAAAAUGUAAUGGAAGGAGAUGGAAAAUAUUUGGCAGCUGAAGUUCUUAAUGAUAAACCGACCAAGGCAGCUGAUAUUUUUAGUCUUGGAAUGACUAUUCUUGAAUUGGCGACCGAUUUGGAUUUGCCGAAUAAUGGAGUUUUUUGGCAUGAAAUUCGUAAUAGAAUGAUUGACGAGAAAUAUAUUAAAGUUUUAUCAACUGAUCUUCGUCGUGUUAUUGCAUGGAUGAUCGACCCAUGUCCAUUGAAUAGACCGAAAGCCAUUGAGGUUCUCAAAGAUUCGUUUGUUUCAAGAUAUCGAAGCAGACGUCAAAUCAAACUUCUCAAACAUCGCGCCGUUAGUUUUUUUUUAAUUUAUAUUUGUUUUUGGGGUUGUCGGUUUCAACAAUUUCUCUCCUUCUGCUUUUAA